UAGAUUGGUGAUAAAGCUGUCCAAACAUGCAUCUCCUCUUGUCGGGCUUUGGUUUUCAAUGAAAAUGUUAUUGCUCCGUAGCAGGUUCACAAAAAUAUCUCCCUCCUUGGAGGGAGUCUCCAGGUGGAUGUUGGAAUCACCUCCAAUAAUAAUCCUCUGCCUUUGCCUGGUGGUUAACUCAGUAAGGUUAAAAAAUAUUCAAGAAGCUGAAUAAAAUCAUCAAGUCGCCAUUUGGAGGAUGAUACAUGGACACCAUGAUGAUUGAAUGAUCCACAAGCUCCAUUGCUUUGGUGACUUGAUCUACUGGAGAGUAAAAAUGGCUGGGUUCUGGAAAAACUAUGAAAUUUGUAAAAAAUGGCGAGAAUUGCACAAAGCUGCACUGCAGGAAAUCGACUAUGAAAAUCGACUGAAUUAUCCCGAACUUUACUCUAAUAAUCCUAUUCCAACUUCAAGUGUAGAUUUUAGUUACGGGCAAUCAAAACAAUAUGGUGCCGGGGUCACAACAGAAACUCAAAACAGAUUAGAUAAUCAGGUUGCUGAAGAUUAUAACAAUUAUUAUUAUUAUGAAGACAAUCAAAACGAAACUGAAGAUUACUCGUUCGAGGUAAAUCAAGAGUGGAUGGAUUUUUUGGAAAUUAGUAUGAGACAUAAACAGGAGUUGCGUGAGCAACGGGAAAAAGAAGGGAAAACACUAGGACAAGAGAAAAAAAAUAAGAGCAGUGGAAAAAGUAAAAAAUCGAGUAAUAAAGAUGUCAAACAGUUUGUUCCUGAGCCCGAUUGCCGAACUGCCUCAAAAUUGAGGUCAGAACAAAUGAAGUUAUUAUAUGGCGAUGCUGCCAAUAAAAUUCAAGGAAUGGAAACAGCUGUUCAGUUAUCUUUUGACAUGAAAUGUGAUUCCUUGGAUGUUACCUUCUGGCCUAUCGUACCAAUAAGAGAAUAUUGAAUUUGGAAUGUACCAGUAUACUGGAUAGAUAUAAAUAAGAUUAAAUUAGUUAUAAAUAUAAGAAAUAAAUUAAAAUUCGUAAUUUAAUUGA